CGGGCGGGGGUGGCCAGACAGGGGCUCCGGGGAGGACGCGGAGGCGAAGCCGCAGUCCGGCCCCUCCCCUGGCUCGGACGCCGGCCCCCUCCCGCGGUGCAGGCGCACUCACGAUGGCGCGGCCAUAGCAGGCCGCCGCCUCCGGGUACUUGCGGCCCACGAAGAGCCGGUUGCCCUGCUCCUUGAGCUCCUGCGCGCUCGGGCUCUUUUCCGGGCUGCCGCCGCCGCCGGCGCUCAGCCGCGCGCCGCCCUCCUUCUCCUCCUUGCCCUUCAUGGCGCCGCGCGGCACGGCCUGGGCUCCGCUCCCAGGCUCCGCGCCGGGCCCGCCCUACGCCCUCAGCCCGAGCCCGCGAUCCGCUCGGGCCCGGUCCAGCGCUCCGCCACCGGAACUUCCGGCCGCGCAGGUGGGCGGGGCCAGCGGGAAGGAUGGCCUGCGAGCGGGCGGGGCCGCGCGUGCACCAGACGCGAGGCGGAGGAGGGGGAGGGGCGGGGCAGGCGGGGGAGCAUGCGCUCGCGGCGACGCGACGCGCAGCGUCUGAGGCCUGAGAAGUGCCGAGGUCGUCGGGGCAGGAGCCCGCUCGGGCACUCCGACGCCCCGCCCCCGAGGCUCCGCCCAGGCGCGUGGGGAUGGCGACUGCCCGCGGGCUCGGGCUGUGAGGACUCGAGCAGCUGGGCCAACGUCCUGGGGUGCCACGGGGAAGUGCUGCGGGCGCGCGCGAGCCCCCAGGGGCGGCUGGAAACCCUGGAGCGAUGGUGUCGAGAGGAGUUGCCCGCAGCCAUCGAGAAGCACGUGACACGCGACGAGCUGGAGCAGUUGCUGGCGUGGAAACUGGCGAGGGGCCACUUUCGGCCGCGCCUGCAGCAGCUCUUGACCACCAACUCCCCGGAGCUGGUGGUGCAGCGCUCGGCCGCCGCCUUCUGUCUCCUGCCAGACGUGAACGCAGCGGUCACGGAAUUGUGCGCCCUCCGGGGCGUGGGCCCGGCUAUCACCUCGCUCCUGGCUGCCAGAGCUCUCGAGGUAGCAGCCUUCAUGUCUGAAGAGGCAGUGGCCGCAGUGCCCGGUCUGCCAGCCUUGCAGUACACCCUGAAGCACUACCUGCUCUACCUGGGCCGGGUGCAGGAGGGUGCCACAGCCCUGAGCCAACGUGCAAUCUCAGGGCUGUGGACUCCUCACCGUGUGGAGACAGCACUGUGGAUCUGGGCUGUAGGGCAGAAGCUGUGCCCUGACCUGCUGCCUGACCUCGGUCCCAGCCUGGCCACCCUUGAGGACACCAGGCCAGCCAAGAACCACAGGACCCAGGCCUACUGACUUGGCUGUGGCCCAGGGCUUGCACACCUACCCUGUGAUCUCAGGGCACAAGUCUUUGGACAGGGGGCUGGCUGCUGUAGGAGCUCAAUAA